GAGCAGAAGUGGAGUCCACAGCAGCAUAUGCAUUGUGAGGAGAACACCAGAACAGCCCACACCAACACACAUGGAACACUUCCAGCUUCUACUGCUGUGGACCUGGAGCCUGCUGCCAGGUCUCCAGCACUGCUUCAACUUUGACACCAGGAAAUCCAAGAUCAUUUGGGGCUCCAAGGAGGCCCAGUUUGGAUACACCGUCCAGCAGCACGAGACAGAAGGACACAAGUGGCUUUUGGUUGGAGCUCCGUUGGAAACGAGCGGUCAGCACCAGACAGGGGAUGUGUACAGAUGCCCCCUAGACACCAACCCCACCUCCAACUGCUCCAGGCUCCACCUCGGAAAGAUAUCACUAAACAACGUGCUGGAGCGCAAGGACAACAUGAGACUGGGAAUGACCCUGGCCUCAGACCCUAAAGACAACAGCUUUGUGGCUUGUGGCCCUCUGUGGUCGUACGAGUGUGGAAGCUCCGUAUACAGCACAGGCAUCUGCUCCAGAGUCAACAGCAGCUUCAAGUUCACCCGCACCAUCGCUCCUGCUUUCCAGAGGUGCGAGACAUAUAUGGACAUUGUGAUCGUCCUGGACGGAUCCAACUCCAUAUAUCCCUGGUAUGAAGUCCAGGACUUCCUCAUCAACAUUCUCCAGAAGUUUUACAUCGGGCCAGGCCAGAUCCAGGUCGGCGUGGUGCAGUAUGGGUCCAGGGUGGUCCAUGAGUUUAACCUGAAUGACUUCCGCAGCGUGGAGGAGGUGGUGGCGGCGGCCAGGAACAUUGACCAGCGCGGAGGAGAGGAGACACGCACAGCCUUGGGCAUCAACGUAGCACGGACUGAGGCGUUCAAACGAGGAGGUCGAAAAGGAGCCAAGAAAGUGAUGAUCGUCAUCACUGACGGGGAGUCCCACGAUAGCCCAGACCUUCAGAGGGCGGUGAAGGAAAGCGAGAAUGAAAACAUCACCUUGUACGCUAUCGCUGUCCUGGGUUAUUACAAUCGGCGUGGAAUAAAUCCAGAGGCCUUCCUGAAGGAAAUCAAAUUUAUUGCCAGCGACCCUGAUGAGAAACACUUCUUCAAUGUCACAGACGAGUCGGCGCUGAAGGACAUUGUGGAUGCGCUGGGAGAGCGACUAUACAGCCUGGAGGGGACAAACACAAAUGGAACAGCCUUCGGCCUGCAGAUGUCUCAGGCAGGCUUCUCCUCUCAUGUAGUGGAGGACGGAGUGCUGGUGGGGGCGGUUGGAGCGUACGACUGGAACGGAGCAGUGCUGAAGGACACACCCCAUGGGAAGGUGGUCCCACCUAAGUCGUCCUACCUGGAGGAGUUCCCUGAGGAACUGAAGAAUCACGGGGCCUAUCUGGGGUACUCUGUGAGCUCAGUGGUGUCGGCCAGCAGGACCCUGCUCUAUGUGGCUGGAGCUCCUCGCUUCAACCACACAGGCAAGGUGAUCAUCUUCACCCUGAGGAACAACGGCAACCUCACCAUCCUGCUCUCUCUGAAAGGACACCAGAUCGGCUCGUAUUACGGCAGUGAGAUCUGCCCUCUGGACCUGGACGCAGACGGACGGACGGACCUGCUCCUGGUGGCCGCGCCCAUGUUCUUCCUUAGGGGCUGGGAGAGGGGGAGAGUCUACGUCUACAGACUCACCCAGCAGAGUUUGUUUGUGUUGGACAUGUUUCUGGAGGCUCCAGACCACUCUCAGAACUGUGGCUUUGGCUCGGCGCUGGCCCCGGUACCGGACAUGAACGGUGACGCGUACGGCGAGCUGGCAGUGGGCGCUCCGCUGGAGGACGACCACCAGGGGGCCGUCUACCUGUUCUACGGCCGGCCCGGUGGCAUCAACCCCACACACACUCAGAGGAUAGCAGCAGCAGGUGUGUCCGCCGGGCUGCGGUACUUUGGGCGGAGCCUGCACGCCGUGAUGGACGUCAACGGAGACGGCCUGGUGGACCUGUCAGUGGGAGCACAGGGAGCAGCAGUACUCAUCUGGUCUCGCAGUGUCGUCCGUAUCCAGGUCAAACUCAGCUUCGAGCCCGAGAAGAUCAACAUGUUCAACAAGGACUGUCGCCGGCUGGGGAAGGAGGUCACCUGCAUGUCCCUGACCCUGCGCCUCCGCCUGGAUGCUCGCACGCCCGCUCGCACGCCCCUGCACAGGGAGGGAGUGGGUGUGUGGUACAGUGUGGUGGCAGAUGAGCGUCGGUACCCCCCCAGAGCCACGCUGGAAGACAGCGAUCGCCUGCAGCCUAAGAUGCUGUCUCUGUUCCCCGGGGAGGAGGAGGAAGCUCAGCACAUCCGCUUCCACGUGCAGGAGACCACAGACUACGGCCGGCCCAUCGUGUUUGUGGUGGAGGUGGGUCUGCAGAACCCUGAUGAGGGGCCAGUGCUGGACCUGGGCUGGCCCACCACCUUCAGGAGUGAGCUUCCCUUCUGGAACGGCUGUGAGGGGGAGGACAGCUGUGUCCCUGACCUCUCCCUGCACAGCCACACUGAUCUGCUGGACACCACGCAGUUCUGUGGCUCGCGGGAGCACUCGUCCCUGGCUCUGUGUGGUCACCAUGGAGACACGGCGAGGUCGGAGCGGGUGGUGGAGGCCGCCCGCAGGAGGAUGGCUGUGUACGGUCGCCUUGACAACCGAGGAGAGAACGCCUACCACGCCACCCUCCGCAUCUCGCUCUCCUCCAACCUGCUCUUCUCCAGCCUCAUAGUGAAGGACAAGUCAGACAUCAAGAUAGAGUGCUCCUCUGAGGACAGACAGUGGAACGAGAGGAGAUGCAACGUCAGCGCUCCCUUCAUGAGGUCCCAGGCCCAGGUGUUUUUCCAUCUGGAGCUCCAGUUCAGCUCCAUCUUUUUGGACCAUGUGAGAGUUGUCUUGGAAACCGCCAGCGAUGGACAGGAGAUCAACCCUGACGACAACGUCAACAACAUCUACCACCCUCUUAAAUAUGAAGCUGACCUUCUGUUCACAAGAGAUACCAACUCUCCACGCUUUGACAUCCAGACAGACUCUGACAAACCUGGCAACCUCGGACCCCUGUUCAACCUCACCUACCAUAUCCAGAACCUUGGCUUCUUCUCAGUGACAGACCUUCAGUUUGCUGUGGAUGUCUGUGCCAUAACCCCAUCUGGGAACCAUCUUCUCCAAAUCACCAGCUUCCACAUCGAUCAGGCUGUGGACUCCCACUGUGUCCUCCCUCACUCCCUGUCUCCAGGACAGGUUUCUCCUGAGGACCUCUCCUCCCUCCCUCAGAUGAACCACUCCAACAGCAAGACUGUGUCUGUGCAGUGCCGCUUGUCCUUGCCUGCACACUGCGAGACCAAGGUGACGAUCAGGGGCCAACUGCACCUCCAGGCCCUGCUGGCUGUGAAGUUCAGGUCUCUGGCACUGGUGACGUCAGCCUCCAUCCAGCUGGGCCAUUCCUCCCUCAUGUUCCUGCAGGAGGAGAGGCCUGUUCGACAGAUAAUCCUGGAGAUGAGCAGGAAGGAAGAUUCUAGAAUCCCCAUCUGGAUUAUAGUAGGCAGCUCUCUGGGUGGUUUGCUACUGCUCUCACUGCUGGUCCUGGCGUUGUGGAAGCUCGGCUUCUUCAACAGACGCCAGAGAAGGGAGGAGGAGCAGGAGGAGCAGGAAGCCAAUGGAAAGACUUCGGAUGAGCGGUAACCAUGGCAACCGGCUGCGCGGGCCAGACAGCCCCAUCGCUCAGGGACCCACCCCCCCGUCCAUUCAGCCCCCCCCCCAGUCUUGCUGAGAGC